CCAGAGUCACUCCAUCACUUUCACAAGAUGUUCUUUGACCAUGACUGUGUCUGGUGUAUCGACAUAGUCAGUGCCAAAGAGAUCGACUUUCGUUUUUCAUUGCUUCAGAUGUGCACCGGGUAUUGUUCUUUCAAUGAAGGAAUCUCUAAUUUGAAGCAGACUUCAGGAUGA